UUUUUUAAAAAAAAAGCAGAGAGAGAUUUUAAUUUUCUUGAUGCCAAAACCUAACCAGAAUCCUCAAGGGAAGAGAGAAAAAUAAAACAAAAACGAAAAUAAUAAUUUAUAGCCAAUGACGACACUUUGUAACGAGGAAGGAAGAGUGCAGCCUCCUCGGAGGUGCAAGGACAUAGCUGCAGCGUUAAGAGAUGCAUUCAUGCAGUGUCGCAAAUGCAAAGGGAGGAAGGUUUCACUGUCUGUUCAAGAAGAAGAAGAUGAAGAUAAUCCCAUCUCUGAUUUCGGAAACGAGCAUGAAGUUGUUGUUUGGGAGAUCAGAAACCGGGCAAUGGAGAAACUAAGGCAUAAGCCGAAAACCCUCGUUGAGAGCUUCUCUUGGGCGGCUCCUUCUGGUUCCACUGACCAAGACGCCAUUAAAGAAGAAGACGAGGAAGAAGAGGGAAGUGAGUUUUGUUCAGUGGGGAGCUGUUUCUCCGAGUGUUGCUCGAGUGGACUGAGCAAAGAGGCGUACGUGUCAGCAAGGACGGAGAUAUCGUGUUGCUCGAGCUUAAUGAUGAUGGAGUUCGAGAAUCCAUGGAAGAUGUAUCUGAAGGAAUUCAAGGAGAGAUCUGUGAUUCAAGAGUUCUGCCACUGUGAAGGAUGGCCUUUCGGGUUGGCCAGGAAAGCCGUGUUGCUUCCGCCUCUUCCCAAGUCUCCUGCCGAGUCUUGGUCUUGGAGGAAACGUCACAGGGUUUCUGCUUCUCCUUUUAUCUAAUAAUAAUAAUAUUCAAAAAAUAAAAAACAUCACUUUCUUUUGUUUUUCAUUUGGAUUUGAUUAAAAACGGCCAUGAAUAAUAAUAUCUGACAUGUUUAUGUAUUAUUGGAUUGUGACCAGAGUUUUACAGUGUUUAUCUGCUUAGUUUGAGCUCUUUUUUUUUUUAUUCGAAGUUCUAUUAUUCAGUAUCUGCCAUAUAUAUUUUGAGUUUGUUUUUUGUUUACUCCACGAUAAUAAUCUUAGUUUGAUACGGUGACAAUGUAUUAUUACCUCGACCUGAAUUUUAGGGUUCUUGUAUUCCGAUGAUUUCUCGGUAAGAAACCAAAGCCCAAGAAUUGGACGGAACGUUGCAGGGCUGCGAUUUUAUUUUUCAAAACAAUGUUAAGCUCUAGGUCACUUGGAAGGGAAAAUGAACUGACCUUACGCUUCCAGGCACACACAAAAAAAAAAAAAAAAAAAAACCAAAAA